AUGGACUCCAAAUGUCAUGAAGAGCCAGGUGCCAUCACAGCCCUGGGGCCUCCACCCUGGCCGGAAGGCAUCACGCGGGCACAGGACAAUUCAUCCCCGCACCCAUUGUGCUCCCCUCUGCCUGUGGCGCCCUUUGUGCCCAGCCCCGUGUCCUUCAAGCCUGAACCUCUCCUGUGUAAGAGCUCGCACUCCUGUGAUGACAGCGCGGUCCUGACGUUGUGCUCGGCCCCCAGCGCGGCUUCCAGGAAACCCCCGGGCGGGGCUCCCGCUUUGCGAUCGAUCGAUCGAUCGAUCGGGGCGUCUGUGCGCACCGAUGCGCCCGAGUCCGCGAUGCUGAGCGGAAACCGCGCGUUUUCUCCAGGCAGACAGACAGACGGACGGCAGGCCGGCCAGCGCCCGGCCCAGCUGGGCCGAGCCGGGUGGGGGCCGCGCAGCUCGGUUUCCGGCCCCGCCCCGCCCCGCCCUGCAGGCGCACCCCGCUCCCGGGAGGCGGAGCCGGCGGGGCCCCCCCGCAGUCCGGCUGCUGCUCGGCGGCGCAGCGAUGUGAGCGCCCCACCGGAGGGCACAGGGGUCCGCGGGCGCGUGCGCCCAGCCAUGGAGCAGGAGCAGGGGGGCGCGCCCGGACCCGGCGGCUGGGGGCCCCGCCUGUGCAGGGCCGUGCGCCCCGGGCCGGCGCUGGGUCUGCUGCUCGGCGUGGCCGCCUCCGUGGCGGCCUCCUUCCUCCUCAGCACCCGGCUCGUCGCGGGGCAGCUCGGGAGGGACGCGGCGGAGCUGCAGCUGAAUCUCACAGGUCCCAGGCAGGACCCCAGGCUGCGCUGGCAGGGGGACCCAUCCUUGGGCCGCUCUUUCCUGCACGGACCGGCGCUGGACGACGGGCAGCUGCGUGUCCACCGCGACGGCAUCUACCAGCUGCACAUCCAGGUGACCCUGGCCAGGUGCUCCUCCGCGAGGGACGUCAGGCACCACAACGCCACCCUGGCGGUGGGCAUCUGCUCGGCCACCCGCAGCAUCAGCCUGCUGCGCCUGGGCUUCGGCCGGGGCUGCACGGUGGCCUCCCAGCGCCUGACGCCGCUGGCCCGCGGGGACGUCCUGUGCACCAACCUCACCCUGCCGCUGCUGCCCUCCCCAAACGCCGACCAGACCUUCUUCGGCAUCCAGUGGGUCCGCUCCUGACCAGCGCCUGCUUGCUUGGGCUGCAUCUGUAAAUAAAUGUGUUUUCCAGUUUUCUUGA